UAUUGUGGAAGAUCGACAGAAAAAUGGAACUGAAUACUGGAACUAAAGAGUUAUUGUUUUUCAUAGUCGAAAAUUGGAAAUUAUUGCUUUUUUUUAACUUAAUAUUUUUUCUUUAUUUUUACUACACCCAAACGUUUGAUUAUUUUGAAAAGCGAAAUAUAAAAUUUAUGAAACCUGUUAUUUUCUUUGGAAAUUCAUUAUCAAGAAUAACUGGUAAAAGGCCUUUCAUCGAAUUUCAGUUAGAUGUUUACAAUUAUUUUAAAGGCAAUCGUUAUGGAGGAUAUUUCGAAGGUCGAAGACCUGUUCUGUAUGUCUUAGACCCAGACCUAAUAAAAUCUGUCACUAUUAGUGAUGCCGAUCAUUUUAUUGACCGAAGUACUAUCAAGACUAAGGAACCAAGAUAUUUGAGCAGAUCGCUUUUAGCUUUAAAGGGUAUGGAAUGGAAAGCCGUCAGGAGCUUAAUAACACCAACUUUCAGCUCAUCACGCCUAAAAAAUAUGUUCCCAUUAGUUCAACAUUGUUCAGACCAGUUGGUUGGACUUUUAUCACGCUUUGACAAUACUGAAAUCGAACUCAAAGAGAUGACUGGCCAUUUCACAUUGGAAGUUACAGGUGUAUGUGCAUUUGGUAUAAGCACUGAUGCUCUUAAAGAUGAAAAUGCAGAAUUCUACAAGGUAGCAGAGAAAUUUAAUUACAUGUCCAUUCAAAAGAGGAUCUUUUUCUUUUUCAUUUUAUUGUUUAUGCCUUCGAUGUUCAGAUACAUAAAUAUAUCUUUUAUGAACUAUGAUUCUACAAAAAAGUUAGUAAAAAUAUUACAAAACACUAAAGCUGAAAGAAUGACUGCAGAAUCAAAGAGAAGUGACUUUUUGCAGCUUUUAGUUGAUGUCGCUAUAAAAGAAAAAGAAGAGCUUGAAAAUACUAAUGAAUCUUCUAAAAGAUAUUUGGAUAAUGACACAUUGGACGCACAAGCAUUACUAUUCCUGUUAGCGGGUUUUGAGACAACGAGUACUUUGUUAUCUUUUGUUUUUCACACAAUGGCCGUGCGGCCAGAUAUACAAGACAAAUUAAGGGCUCAUAUUGAAGAAAUUACUAAAGGACAAGAGUUGACCUAUGAUCUUCUUUCGCAACUAGAUUAUUUAGAAGCAGUUAUACAGGAAACUUUAAGAAUGUACCCACCAUUAGGCAGAAUUGAUAGAACAUGUACUAAGCCAUACACUGUACCUGGUACAUCAUUGCAUCUCAAAGUCGGCGACGUAGUUGCAGUACCCGUUUAUGGCAUCCACAUGGAUCCAGACAUUUAUCCCGAACCUAAGGAAUUUAUACCUGAAAGAUUUAUGAAGGAAGAGAAAAAGGAGAGGCCUUCGCAUUUGUUUCUGGCAUUUGGUGCUGGACCUAGGAACUGCAUUGGUAUCCGCUUCGCGAUGAUCGUUGCCAAGACAGCGAUUGUUACUCUGAUGAGAAAUUUCAAAUUUUCAAGCGGACCAAAAACUGAGAAUCCUGUGAAAUUUCACAGAAAUUCCAUGUUGUUAAAACCAGAAUCUGGUAUAUGGGUGCACGUUGAAAAGAUAUAAAUCAUUUGAGUAACGUAUAAAGCUGCCUUCCAGUGCCUGUGGUAUUACGGAACACGUAGCUGGCGGUUCCGCCCGGCCCGUCCAAUCCACCAAUAGUGGAUAGGCAGGUCACGGGCACUAGUUAUCACAGGCUGUGGAAAGCCACUCUAAUGUACUAUUAUAUUAUUAUACUAUAAAGUUAUUCAGAACAUCGAAUGUUAUACGACUUUAAUUAUAUUGUUGUAUGGUUGAUAAUAAUUAUUUAGGUGUCGGAUCCGGCUUUUAAACCACAAGCUUUAUAAAAUUGAAUAAUUUCACAGUGAGAUUAAAUAGUACAAAGUGAAUAUAUAAUUUAAAAAUAUUGUAACUUAAAUAUAAAUACAUAUUCGAAUUUAAGAUUAUAAAAAUAUUAGAAAAUUUAUAAUAUUAUUAUUGAGAUAAUCUAUUAUAAUUUAUAUAAUAAUUCAAUAAAAUGUAUAUGCUACUUUAAAAGCUCGAAUUUUAGUAAAUCUUAAGACUUUCCAGUAAAACCUAAGAUUUACCGAUUAUGACUGGUAAAUGUCCAUAAAACUUUGGGAUUCGAACAUUUACCAUCAUUCACUUGGUAAAUCUUAGGAUU